CUAAGGUGUGAAGUUGUUAAAUUUCUCAUAAAACACAACUUCGUCACUUUUUGUGCUAAAAAAACAAUAAAAAAAUAAAAAAAAUACAAAAAAAAUUAAAAAAAUACAAAAAAUAACCAAAAAAAAUCGAAAAAAUUGUAAAAAGCCAGAAAAUUAGCUCAUAUUAAUUUUCGCAUUUUGAUUGUUAAGGAAUGGCUAUUUCGCAACCAAACUAUCAAAUGGCCUCCCUUUAUGUUGGAGACUUGCACCAUGAUAUUACCGAAGCAGCACUCUUCGAAAAAUUCUCGACUGCUGGGCCAGUUUUGUCGAUCCGUGUCUGUCGUGACUUGAUUACCAGACGUUCUCUCGGAUAUGCGUACAUCAAUUUCCAACAGCCCGCUGAUGCUGAACGUGCGUUAGACACGAUGAACUUUGACACCAUGAAAGGUCGUCCCAUCCGUAUUAUGUGGUCGCAACGCGAUCCCUCACUCCGUAAAUCGGGCGUUGGAAACGUUUUCAUCAAAAAUCUCGACAAAACAAUCGACAACAAAGCCAUGUACGACACGUUCUCGGCCUUCGGUAACAUCUUGUCGUGCAAGGUAGCGCAAGACGCCGACGGUCAAUCGAAGGGCUACGGAUUCGUACAUUUCGAGACAGAGGAAGCCGCCAACAUGUCAAUUGAGAAAGUCAAUGGCAUGUUGUUGAACGACAAAAAGGUAUUCGUAGGACGCUUCAUUCCGCGCAAGGAACGCGAAAAGGAAUUGGGCGAAAAAGCAAAAUUAUUCACGAAUGUGUACGUGAAGAACUUUGGUGACGAGCUCACGGACGAGAAAUUGAAGGAAAUGUUCGAAAAGUAUGGACCAAUCACGAGUCACAAAGUCAUGACGAAGGAAGGCAAAUCCCGCGGAUUCGGUUUUGUGGCGUUCGAUGAUCCCGAAGCCGCCGAAAAGGCUGUCGAAGACUUGAACGGCAAGGAAUUGGGUGACGGAAAGAUUUUGUAUGUGGGACGUGCACAAAAGAAGAACGAACGUCAGAUGGAAUUGAAGCGUCGUUUCGAGCAACUGAAGAUUGAGCGUUUGAACCGUUAUCACGGCGUCAAUUUGUACGUCAAGAAUCUCGAUGACACCAUCGACGAUGAGCGUCUCCGCAAGGAAUUCACGACAUUCGGCACCAUCACAUCCGCCAAAGUCAUGUCGGAAGAUGGGCGCUCCAAGGGAUUCGGUUUCGUUUGUUUCUCGUCACCCGAGGAAGCCACAAAAGCCGUUACCGAAAUGAAUGGGCGCAUCUGCGGAAGCAAGCCGUUGUACGUUGCCUUGGCACAACGCAAGGAAGAUCGUAAAGCUCACUUGGCAUCGCAAUAUAUGCAACGCGUCACAAAUAUGCGCAUGCAACACAUGGGACAACCCUUCAUUCCUUCAAACACUGGUGGAUACUUUGUGCCGACAAUUCCGCAACCGAAUCGUUUCUUCGGACCACAAGUUGCUUCAAUCCGUACGACACCGCGUUGGGCAUCGCAACAACCCCAAGUUCGUCCCGCAACUGCCGCUCAAGGCGCCAACGUUGCCGGAGCUGCUGGCUAUCCAAAUGCCAUGGUUGCCACAAAUGCCGGAUAUCGACCAGGUACCGCUUCCCGUACCCCAGGUCAAGCAGGCGCUCAAAAUGCUGCGAUGCGUGGUCAAGCGCGUCCCAUUACCGGGCAACAAGGCGCCGCCGCCAUCAGUACGCAACCCCGCCAAGUUAUUACACAACCAGCAGGCAACCAACAACGCAGCAACUACAAAUACACGCCAAACAUGCGCAAUCCCCCGACUCAAUUGCCCAUGGGACAGGCACAACAAGUACCGCAGCAAGCUGUCCUCGUCAAGGGUCAGGAACCUUUGACGGCAUCGAUGUUGGCAUCGGCGCCACCUGCCGACCAAAAACAAAUGUUGGGCGAACGCUUGUUCCCGCUCAUCGAGCAAAUGCACUCGUCGUUGGCUGGCAAAAUUACCGGCAUGUUGCUCGAAAUCGAUAACUCCGAGUUGUUGCACAUGUUGGAGCACAGCGAGGCACUUAUGACGAAGGUCGACGAAGCUGUUGCCGUCUUGCAAGCUCACCAAGCCAAACAAAAUGUACAAGGCAAAAUCGAAUAGACGUCCACCUAACGCAUCAACCAUCAUCAUCCAUUAGCAGCGAUUCAACCAAAAAAUGUAUGAAAAUCUUUAUUUUAAAUUGUAGUCGAAGAUCUAAACGCAUACAUUAGAACCCCCCCUCACCCUUCUCAAGUAAAUUUUACGGGAUUUCGAUAACCAAAUUUGACAAAUUUUCACUGUUUUUUUUU